UUAUAAACAGGUUUCUGUACUAAAAACAGAUGUGUAUUCUAUGGAAGGUCAAAGGUGAUCCAAAACUUGGGUGCAUGAACCACCACAUUUUUCUUAAUGCACACCCAAAAACACGUGUUGAGCAGAUCCAUGUGCUUGAAAAAUGGCGUUGAUCUGUUCAAUCAGCAACGAGGUCCCUGAGGAGCCUGUCCUGUCGCCGGUGUCCAACCAUGUUUUCGAGAAGCGACUCAUUCUCAAAUUUGUUCAGCAGACAGGAAAUGAUCCGAUGAAUGGAGAGCCUCUCAGUGAAGAUCAGUUGCUGGAUAUCAAAAUUGACCCGAUGGUUAAGUCUCGCCCCCCUUCUGCUACUAGUAUACCCGCCAUCUUGAAACUACUGCAGGACGAGUGGGAUGCGUGCAUGCUGCACACGUUCACAUUGAGGCAGCAGCUACAAACUGCAAGACAAGAGCUCUCCCAUGCCCUAUACCAGCACGACGCUGCUUGUCGUGUGAUUGCCAGACUCACUAAAGAAGUGACAGCUGCUCGAGAAGCUCUUGCUACACUCAAGCCUCAAGCUGCAGGACUAGCGCCUCAGGCUAGGGAACAGGCUGUAGCAGAAGUGGGGAGGGUGCAACAAGAAACCAUGGAUAUGGAGCCUGCCCCUGGUGAAAUGACCGAAGAAAUACUCCAGAAGCUUCAAGACACUGCUGGACUGCUCACGGCAGAGAGGAAAAAGAGAGGAAAGAAACCUCCCGAGGGACUCACCUCAACAGAUGAGAUUGCAAACUUCAAGCAGCUUUCCACUCACCCGGGUCUCCAUAGCGCCAGUAGUCCGGGUAUCCUAGCACUGGACCUGUCGGGAGACACCACCAAAGCUCUCACAGGUGGUGCGGAUAAAAUGGCGGUUGUCUUCAACAAAGAGACGGAACAGAUCGUAGCCACUCUUAAAGGGCAUUCUAAGAAAAUCACGAACGUUAUUUACCAUCCCCGAGAGAACAUUGGCAUUACCUCCUCUCCCGACACCACCAUCAGGGUGUGGGAUAUUGAUGCUGGCUCUGCCCUUAACGUCAUUCGGGUUCAUGAUGGUCCAGUCACUGGUAUCAGUCUGCACGCCACUGGUGACUACCUGCUCAGUUGCUCUACUGAUCAGUUCUGGGCUUUCUCGGACAUUCGCUCUGGUCGUCUGGUGAGCAAGGCAACUGAUCCCGACUCUGCAGGGUUGACCUGUGCUCAGUUCCAUCCUGAUGGUCUCAUUUUUGGGACCGGAACAGCAGAUAGUGUUGUUAAGAUUUGGGACCUGAGACAGAAGUCCAAUGCUGCCAAUUUCCCGGGUCACAGUGGACAAAUCACCACCAUUGCCUUCUCAGAGAACGGCUACUACCUUGCUUCUGCUGCUGAAGAUUCUGUAGUGAAACUAUGGGACUUGAGAAAACUCAAUAACUUCAAAACUCUUGAACUGGAUCAGGACUACCAGGUUCAAUCAGUGUGCUUCGAUCAAACUGGAACAUACUUAGCCGUUGGUGGAACAGACAUACAGAUUUACUUGUGCAAGCAAUGGACUCUGCUAAAGACCUUCACUGAUCAUGCCGAACCUGUGACAGGUGUUCGAUUCGGAAAGAAUGCUGCCUUUGUUGCCUCCGUGUCUUUGGACAGAAGCCUCAAGUAUUUUGGAAAUUAACUCUGACUCUAUAUAAUACUGGCAUUAUAUCCACAUUACAUCAUGUUAUACUGUAAUACAACUUUUUCUUGUAGUGAAUGUUUAAAACGCUAA